AUGGCUCUGCUCAUAGAGCCUAUUAGCAAGUGGCUGCCUAAGCAAGUGGCGGAUUGGCUGAAAGGUCUUGAUGACUGUGUCCAACAAUACAUUGAUAAUUUUGAAGGUGAAAACAUCAAUGGAGAACAGCUGCUACGCAUAACAAAUCAAGAACUUGAGGAUCUGGGAGUGAUCAUUCCUGAUCACCAAGAAAGAAUUUUAGAAGCAGUUGAUUUACUGAGUAUAUUGAACCACGAAUUGGAAACUGAAAAUCUGAGAUCUCUUGCUCACAAGCUGAAUGUGGCCGCCAAAAGCCUACAGGGCUUUCUAGCUGGACGAAGGAGGAGCGGCCUCACCGGUCUUAGAAUAUACAGACAACUACCGAGUAACUGUCUCACUGCUGUAGUUGACCUGAUUGGUGUAGCCAAGAAAUUACUGGCCUGGCUCGACAGGCUUCCAUUUGUCACUGUGACAGAAUACGGGGUCCUGAAAAACAAAAUUGUUCAACUCUGCCUGCAGUUAACGUCUAUUGUACAACAGGACCCUAAAGCAAAAACCAUGGAUUUGUGGGAUAAAGACCUGUCAGAACAAGCAGAUGCUGACUCUUCAAAGUGUGAAGAAGAAGUCAAGAUUUUGCAUGUGUGCAAAAGUUUGACUGGAAUCUGUGAGGCUAUAAUUUCUCUGUCUUCUGAUACUCUGUCACCUCACUCUGGACACUUAGAAGUUGUCUACAUCAACAACACAGCAACCAAUGGGGCCAAUGUUGACCAGUGCAAGCAAAUUGAUCCUGGGGAUGAAGUGAUCCAAGUUAAUGAUCAGACUGUGGUCGGGUGGCAAUUAAAGAACCUAGUGAGCAUAAUGAAAGAAGACCCACGUGGAGCCCGCGUGACCCUAAAGAAGCAUCCUCAGAACAUUACUGGUAAUUCUUCUUCAAUUGUGAAGAAUGUGAGGUGGGAACCUCAUCCACUUGAGGGUUUGGGUGCAACAGGGGUAAGCAGGCCCACAGAAUCUGUUAGCACCAUGACCAUGGACCAACAUACCCAAGUGGAAGAGGAGAGAUUCUUUCACUCACCCCUGCCUGGACAACACAGACCAAGGGAUGACAUACCACGAAUAUCUUACGAAGACUUCAGCGAACCUAGUGCUGGAAGAUCUGCCGCAGGCAAGCCUAUGAGGAGAGACCCUGGGCAUUCCGGCUUGUUUGUGGAACCUGGAACCUUGAAAUACUACACAUUAGUUGUUGAAGGCGAAAGCCAUCCAACUAGCAGCGGACAUCGACGAGGAAGAUCUACGAGCGUUGGAAGGAAAGAGAGGCCUUCUCCCCAAGGUGAACCAAGGCCUGUUUCCAUGCCCCCCGAAUAUGGCUGGGUGAGGGAUUCCAGAGAACAUGGAAUGCACAGGCGAAGUGGCAGAGCCCCAGAAUCUGAGGGUUCAAUGAUGCAAUACCUGGGGGAUGACAGGAUGUUGGCGUACAGAGAUGAAUCUUCAAAGCGUAAAGAAAAGAAGGAUUCAAGCCGAAAGUCUAAGAAAAAGAGCAAACAUUUAAGCAGCUCUAACUAUCCUAUCUACCCACCUAUGCUGUCUUCUGCUGCUGGGCCUCGAAUGGACUCCAGGCAGCCUGAUGUCUUGAAUUUUACUAUGCCUGAGGGCCGUGCUAUGGCAGUGUCUCAGAGAGGUGGAGACAACAUCCGUGGAGAUUCUGACAGAUAUGCAGCCGCUGACCGUCAGGGAGGCAUACCAAUAAAGAAGUCUUUCCACUACACUUCCUUGAGAGAAAAAACCAAGAAGUGGUCCAGAGGGAGUUCUUGGAACAGCGGAAGCCGAAGACGCAUCUCUUGCAAAGACUUGGGCCAUGGAGACUGUGAAGGCUGGCUAUGGAAGAAGAAUGACGGCAAAGGCUACUUCACUCAGAAAUGGAGAAAAUACUGGUUCAUUCUAAAAGAAUCUUCCCUCUACUGGUACAGCAACCCAGACGACGAAAAAGCCGAAGGAUUCAUCAGUUUACCUGAAUUCCGUAUUGACCGUGCUAGCGAAUGCCGAAGGAAAUAUGCUUUCAAAGCUUGUCACCCCAAAAUUAAGAGUUUCUACUUUGCAACUGACUGUCUGGAAGAAAUGAAUCACUGGAUGAACCGUCUGGGACUUGCAGCCAUUGGUUAUUCCCCUGAUGAAAAAGAUAUCCAACCACGUGAAGAUUACUGGAGUGAAAGCGAUCAUGAUGAUGCCGAAAGCUCUUUGACCAUGAGGCUGGAGGGUGCCAUGGCUCUCAAUGAUGUCAGUGUCAGUCAUCGACCAUCCUCAGGCACUUCUUCAAGUCCAUAUCCAGAGUCCAAACAUCUUUCGAAUCCGUACUUGGAACCCCCACACCUUUCGACUGCAUUCCUGGAACGCAAACACCACGCGAGCCAAUUCCCAGAAAUAAAACACCACGCAAGUCCAUACCUGGAACCACCACGUGGCCCAAGCCCAUUCCCAGAAGCUAAACGUGGCCCAAGCCCAUUCCUGGAGUCCAAGCGUGGCCCAAGUCCAUUCCUGGAACCCAAACGUAGCGCAGGUCCAUUCCUGGAACAUACACACGGUGCCAAUCCAUUCCUGGAUCCCACACUUGGCACAAAUCCAUUCCUGGAAAUCAAACGUGGUGCUUGCGCAUUCCCAGAAACCCAGCGUGGUGCCAGUGCACUCCCAGAGCCCAAACGCGGUGCAAGCAUGUUCCUGGACCUCCAACGUGGUGUCAGUCCUUUUCCAGAUUCCAAACGUGGUGCAAGUCGGUUCCCGGAACCCCAACGUGGUGCCAGUCUAUUCCCGGAACAUGGUGCACAUCCAUACCUGGAAUCCAAACACGGUGCCAGUCCCUUCCGAGAAACCACUCACCAUGGUACAAGUCCCUUCCCAGAAAUCCAACGUGGUGCAAGUCCCUUCAUGGAAUCCAAACCUGGUGCAAGUCCAUACCUGGAAUCCAAACACGGUGCCAGUCCAUUCCUGGAAUCCAAACGCGGUGCAAGUCCAUACCUGGAAUCCAAACGCGGUGCCAGUCCAUUCCUGGACACCAAACGAGGUGCAAGUCCAUACCUGGAAUCCAAGCAUAGCCCAGGUUUUUGCCUGGAAUCCAAACAUGGUCGGCACUUUUCAAGUGAGUCCACCUAUUCUUAUUCUUCUACUGAAGAGGCUCGACAGGAAGCCACAGGAAGUAGGGAGUCAUCUAGCCACAGAAGGCUCCAUGGGGAAAGGCGCUCCUGGCAAGACCUCAUUGAGACCCCACUGACAAGUUCGGGGCUCCAUUUUCUCCAAACCGGUCCUAUCGAAGACGAUUAUGUGUUCGGCCUAACUCUCCUGUCACCUGAAAAGCGACGACAGGCAACCCUGCCAGCCCAGAAAUACAACAUCAGUGACCAAGAAGGGCCUUUCCCACUGAUUCCCUACCAGCAGGAUCAUGGGUCCCAUGCAAGGCCCCAAAAGCAACGUAGUCAGAGUCUGCCUCGGAAUAGAGAUGUCAGGAGCAAAGGUCAAAUCAAGGCAUCAGAGUUAACAGAGAUAGAGGAAGACCAAUUUCUCAUUAAGAAACAAAAUAGUUUCGAUGAGGAAGGAAAAUUUGACGCUUCUGGAAGUUCUUGAUCAACAACCUUGGAGGCUGACAUCAUUUCUGUAACCACAGAAAUAGUCUGGACUUCAAAGCUUACAGUACUGCCCAACAAUGGAACUAAAUCCACCUUUAAAAACAACAUUUUUUCAAUCAUUUGCUCUCUGUGCUUAUAAAACCUUUUAGUCUGUUAGCUGAGAAUAUCAUCGGUGACCUAAAUAUCACCCUUUUUGAUGCAUAGUAGAAACUAGAUGGAUCAAUUCUUAAAGUAGCCAUCGAUGCAACCUUUUUUUCGCUACGACUUCGUAUUUCUUCAAUUUAUUGACUGAGAAUGGAAAAUUUUCUUAUCUUAACAUCAGGCCCCAGCA